UCUUGUUCUCCUAAAGACGGCCAUUGCUUUUCGUCAGCACAUUCGGCAAGGUUCCCUUUGCUACAUUUGGCUAACAGACAAUUAUUACACCAAUUUGACGUACUUCACAAGAAAUUUAUAGCAUUUUACUUAACAAAAAUAAACUAAAACAAUGGCAACUGUUACAUUGGCAACUGCUGCACUGGCUAAGGAAAAAGUAUGGUUUGAUAAACCAUCCUACGACAAAGCAGAACGACAAUAUUUUGAAAAAAUGGCUAAGGUAAUGUCUUGUAAGAUUGCGGAAGCCUGCAUGCUUAAGAUUGACAGUUCUAUAACUGAAAAGUGUCAAGAUCUAAUCAAUACUAACACAAUGAAAUUUAAGGCUGAAAAAUUCAAAGACAACAAGUUAGCUAUUGAGAUCGAAUUAAACAUGAAACGUUCUAAAUGUCAAAAAAGAAAUAUAAAAGCUAAUAAACAAACUAUAGAUGCAUAUAACACGCAAAAUAAGGAAAACAUAAAAACAAGUGAAAAAUCCGACGCAAAAGAUAACACGAAGGAAAAAGAAAUCGCUUUUCCAAGCGAGAAUUCUAUAAAAUAUAACGCGAAAGAAACAAAAGAAAAAAGAAACAAAGAAGAUACAAAAAAUAGAAAUAGGGGAAGUAAAGAUGAUAUUGGAGGAAAUAAAGAAACUGCAAUGCCAUUCAUGAGGAGUAAAGAACAAUUUUCUGAUCAGUGGUGGAUACAGGGAAUUCAACAGUCUACUUGCCCAAUCUUGCCUGCUGUUGGAAGUUUAGCCAAUGAAGUCGCCAAGGCUCGGCAGCAUAUUAAACAGUCUUUAGAGUGUAUGGACGAUAUUGCAGUACUUGCUCAUAUCGCAAAUCAAGAUGUUACACCUCGUGUUGUCAAACUUGAAAAAGAAAAUCAGGAUCUGCGAAAUAUGAUUCAAGAUCUGCACAGUUCCUUCGAGAAAUUGUUACAACAUGUGAAAAGUUUUGAAACAUUGGAACAACGCGUGGAAAGUCUUGAAGUACGCAUGCCCUAUUUAGCAAUUUGUCCUGCGAAACUCACGGAAUCGUCGGAUGCAGAGCAAGAAUCAGAGCAUGACAAACAUCAGAAGCAAGACAAAGAAAAAGAUGAUGAUAAUGAAGAUAUUGAUCUGUUUGGUUCAGAUUCAGAGGGAGAAGAUACAGAAGCUGCUAAAAUUAGAGAAGAGCGACUUGCUGAAUAUGCUGCCAAAAAGUCUAAAAAACCAGUUUUAAUAGCCAAAUCAAACAUUAUCUUGGAUGUGAAACCAUGGGAUGAUGAAACGGACAUGAAAGAAAUGGAAAAUGCAGUGCGAAAGAUCGAAACUGAUGGUCUUCUUUGGGGUGCUUCCAAACUUGUACCGCUUGCCUAUGGAAUUCACAAGCUACAGAUUUCGUGUGUUGUGGAAGAUGACAAAGUAUCAGUGGAUUGGUUGGUAGAACAAAUUCAAGAACUCGAAGAUUAUGUGCAAAGUGUUGAUAUUGCAGCUUUUAAUAAAGUGUAAAAAAUUUGAAUGAGUUAAAUUAUAAAAAUUGUAUGGCGAUAUUGAAGAAAAUAAGCAAAAGUUGUGCCAUUUCUGCAUUC